CUAUUAGAGAAUCAACUUUUUCUAAAAGCAAAAAUUAAAUCAGCGGAAAUCACUUCCUUACCCUCCUAUUUACAUAGCUCGCCCAGACUCACUCCUUAUGUUAACAUAACCCCACAACUCCACAAGGCCACAACCACAGGCCAUAGGAUACGGGGCUCUGGGAAACAGAUAGAUAACAAAGCGACCUCCUUUUUUUAUUUUAUUUUUUUUGAAUAUCACAAAGCGACCUUGCUAAGCUAACACAAAGGUGCUGCAAUGGCUUCCACUUCCUCGUCUUUCCCCCACUUCAAUUUCUCUUUCAAAUUCUGCUCCAACAACUCUUCAGCAAGCCGUUCAACUGUAAAAAUACAUUCUAAUUCCAAGGAAAGUAUCAUCCUUGAGCAAGAGAGUAAGCAAGUUGAGUUCAAACAUGGAGAAGUACGGACAACAACAAACAAUGACUCGAUGGUUUACCAUCCUCGUAUGGGUCACCAGCAAAAGCUGCCCCCACUAGUUACUGCCUUAGAAGAUGCUGCUGCAGAGGAUGCUGCAAGUUUUCAUUUUCCUGGACACAACAGAGGCAGAGCAGCUCCAUCCUCAUUGACUAAGCUCAUCGGUCAAAGACCCUUCCUUCAUGACUUACCUGAACUACCUGAGCUUGACAAUCUAUUUGCUCCGGAAGGUCCUAUUCUAGAAGCACAGAAGCAAGCGGCUGAAAUCUUUGGGGCAUCAGAGACUUGGUUUCUUGUUGGAGGUACAACCUGUGGAAUUCAAGCAGCUAUCAUGGCUACCUGCAGCCCUGGAGAUACACUGAUUCUUCCUCGGAAUUCCCACAUUUCUGCAAUAUCUGCAAUGGUCUUAAGUGGAGUGGUACCGAAGUAUAUAUUUCCUUACUAUGAUUGUGAUUGGGACAUUGCUUCCGCGGUUUCUCCAUCAGAGGUUGAGAAAGCAAUCAAGGAAUUGGAAUUGGAAGGUCAAAAACCAGCAGCUGUAUUUGUCACUUCCCCUACUUAUCAUGGGAUAUGUAGCAAAUUAAAGGAGAUCUCUGAUCUGUGUCAUUCACGGGAUAUUCCUCUGAUUGUAGAUGAGGCUCAUGGAGCCCACUUUGGUUUUCACCCACAGCUUCCUCUUUCAGCCCUCCAACAAGGGGCUGAUCUGGCUGUUCAAUCCACUCAUAAAGUGUUGUGCUCUCUUACUCAGUCAUCAAUGUUACAUCUAUCUGGAAAACUUGUUGAUAGGGAAAAACUCUGCAGAUGCCUUCAGACCCUUCAGAGUACUAGCCCAAGUUACCUGCUUUUAGCCUCACUGGAUGCCGCUGCAGCUCAACUAAGAGAGAACCCAUCAACGGUUUUUGACAAUGCAAUCCAUCUGGCAAUCGAGGCCAGAAAAACGAUGGAACAGAUCCCAGGCAUCUCGGUCCUUAAAUUUCCUAAUUAUGCUGAGUUUCCUGCCAUUGAUCCAUUACGGUUGACUCUUGGCUUCUAUGACCUUGGUCUCAGUGGCUAUGAAGCUGAUGACUUCUUGUUCAAGGAUCAAAGAAUAAUUUCUGAGCUCACCGGGUCUCAUUCCAUUACAUUUCCAUUUACUCCAGGAACUUGUAAUGAGCAUGUCAACAGGCUAGUCUUAGGGGUCAAGAAUUUAUCAUCAUCUUCCCUCUUGCGUUGGAGGAAGAAGCAGGGAAUGAAGCACACUGAUCUGAAGCCCUAUAAUGAUAUCAUAAUGCAAUUGAAUCCACGUGAAGCCUUCUUUGCCAAGAAAACACGGGUGAAUAUCAAGGACACUGUUGGAAAGAUAUGUGGAGAGUUGAUAUGCCCGUAUCCACCUGGUAUUCCAAUAAUGAUUCCUGGUGAACUGGUCACGGAAGGAUCUUUAAAUCUCCUACUGCAAGCUAAAACUUUAGGCGCUACAUUAAGUGGAGCUUCUGAUCCUGGUCUUACAUCAAUGGUUAUCUGUGAUGUUUAAAGCAGGCCUUGACUCACUUCUCAGAUGCAAAGUUAAGUAAAAUAUUCUACUGUUACGGUAGACAAAGUUCAGUUCAAAUUGAGUUAUUGUAGCGUCUUCUGCAAAAUAGAAAGCUAUGCAUAGUUGUACAAAGAGAAGUUAUGUGGUGCACUGGAGCAACUGGAUGGAACUUACAGCUCGAGAAGCAAUUUGAGUCCCUGUCGUUAUCAGCUGUGUAGAUUAUAGACAAAGUAUACAUUAGUUAAUGGCAUGUAGCAGGGUUACAUCAAAGUGACCUAGAUGAUCUGGUAUGGUAAUGUCGCUUACUGAUUACAGGACCUAUUUGGACAAGCAUCUGCACACUCUCCGUCAGGGACAGUCAUAUUGGCUCUAAAUGUCAAAUGUAGUAAUCACAGCUCAGAGCUGAUUUUUCAAGUUGUGUUGAUUUACAAGAUUCUUUGAAUCCUUGCUAAAGUUCUCUCAAUGCUGCAUAGUUCUAUAGAGUUGGUUUUGUGCACAAGAUGCAUACGAAUCUUCUCUUAGAUCUUUCCCUUAGCUAGACUUGACCAAAACCAAUUUGUAUCCAUUUACAGACGUAAACUAAACUGUACCUAAAUUCGAAAUGUAAAUUUGGAAGUUCAUGCCUUGAUGUUGUCUUGAGCCAAUCUUGGCCAUGUGACCUACAUUGUCUUUAUAGUAAAAGUUUUGAAUACUCCUCAUUUUUCUUGGCAGUUUUUUCUGUUACCUUGAUUAUAUUGAAAUAGAAACUCCCUUCUCUGUUUUUGUCAUAAAAAAAAUCUGUCUCAGCUCUCUUGUAAGAAUUACUCUAGUCCAUAAGU